AUGUCCGCCGAAACAUUCCGGGCGGCGGGCUUCAAAGCCAUCGAGGAACGAAAAUGGAGCGAGGCUAUCGACAGCCUUUCCAAGGCCAUAGCACAGUCAAAGUCCCCCGCCUGGCUCCUCGCCCGCUCGCAGGCCUACAUGGAGACUGGCAAGCUUGACGAGGCCAUCGCCGACGCCGACUACGCUUACUGCACCGCCGCCGAGCGGGGCAACGACAAGAGCCGCAAGCAGAUGAUCGAGGCACAGUACCGCAGGUCCGUCUGCUUCUUCCGCAAGAAGCAGUACGCCAACGCCGACAAGUGUGCCGUCUGGUCCCAGCGCCUCGCCAAGGGGGUCGCCGUGAGCAAGGGCAAGACCGUGGCGCAAGAGGGCGUCAACGAGAAGGGAUACUACUUUGCGACCGCCGCCCAGGCCAUGGCCGAGGGCGCCAAGAACGAGACCAAGGGCGAGAAGGGCAAUGACGACCCGAUGGCUAGGCUGUCAGCUAUCAUGGGAGCGCCGUCGUCGGACAAGACGCCCUAUGAGAAGGACUGGAACAAGGCGCAGAUCUGGCGGACUCAGGUGCUUCACUUCCUCGAGGCAUUGCCCGCGGAGGACCCGGCACGCAAGAUCACGGUUGAGUUGACGCCCAAGAAGCCUGAUUUGGGAACCGGCGUCCAGCCGCCCAAGAUCGACAAGGGCAAGGCCGUGGCGACCACGCCCGAGCCACCAAAGCCGACGCCGGCUCCAGCGCCGGAUUACACCACCUUCCGGACACAAUUUUACCAGAGCGAAACGUCUAUUACCGUGUCAUUCAUGAUGAAGUUUCCCAGCAAGGAAGCGAUGGGGCAGGUGGAAGUCCGCUUCCUGGAUGGUGGGAAAUUCGUGUGUGUCAAGGGCGUACCGCGGCAACCCCCCCUCUUGUUUAUCACACCACACGAACGCAUCUCUGUUUCAAAGUCGACAUGGCGCGCUGCAUCGAUGAAGUUGGAAUUCACUUUUGUGAAAGAGGUUCCCGGCAAGUGGCCCGACUUCGGGACCCAGUCAAGUUCCGUGCCCCCUGCCGUGGCUGUCGAGGCCGAGUCGAGCCUCGCCGGAUGGCUAGACUUGCCACCUAUCGCCGAGGCUGAAACGAUCUCCGCGAUGCCAAUCACAAAGGAGAAAGUUAUGCCCUCCCAGCCGCCUGCCGUGAGCCGGCCUGCAGAGGCCAGGCCCAUGCCCACCGCCACCAAAGCACCCGCCUACCCCACGUCAUCCAAGUCAGGCCCGAAAGACUGGGACAGCAUCGGCAAGGACGACGACGACGAGGAUGACGCCAAGGACGUGGACCACUUCUUCAAGCAGCUGUACAAGGGCUCCACGCCGGAGCAGCAGCGCGCCAUGAUGAAGAGCUACCUCGAGAGCAACGGAACCGCGCUGUCGACGGACUGGAACGAGGUCAGCAAGGGUAAGGUCGAGACGAGCCCGCCCACCGGGAUGGAGGAGAAGAAGUGGGGUGCUUAG